UCGUCCUUCCUCCUGCUGGUGAAGGUCACGUGAAACAUGGCUCUUCUGUUACUAUAUAUCUACUAGGAGCCAUGCAGCAUCCUCAAGCCAACAAAGGCUCUCUCUCUCGCUUCAUUUGGCCUGCUGCUGGCUGGCGGAGAGUUGGAGAGAGAGAGAGAGAGAGAGAGAGAGAGUUAAGUGCCGGAAGAGAUAGAUGAUGAAGAGUCGUAGCGGUGGGGGAGCAAACAGUAAGGUGGAGAGGAAGACAACGGAGAAGUAUAGGAGAAUGCACAUGAAGAACUUGUGCUUCAAGCUUUCCUCCAUCAUUCCCGAAGAACACAGAACCAUUUCAAAGGAUGUAUUAACACAACAAGACAACUUCGAUCAAGCCACAUCUUACAUAAAAAAACUCCGUGAAAGGAUUGAAAGGCUGAAGCAGAGAAAGCUCAUGCAGACGAGCACAGUCAGACGUGAUACGACAAUGAGGUUUGCAUCACCAAUUAUUGAAGUAAGACACCAGGAUCUGAACUUGGAGAUACUCGUGAUAAGCGAUCUAAACAAGAGGUUCAUGUUCCAUGAGGUGAUCAAUGUCAUCGAGGAAGAAGGCGCUGAAGUGGUUACUGCCAACUUCUCAAUUGUGGGCGACAAGAUCUACCACACAAUACAUUCACAGGCUGUUAGCUCCAGAAUUGGAUUGGAGGCUUCAAGUGUAUAUGAGAGAUUGAAGGACUUGAUCAACUAAGCCUCUCACUUGGACAGAAGUAUACUUUGUCAGAUUCAUGAGGAUACAUGAAUGUGUAACUUUUACCUAAGAAAUAUUGAAGUAUCACACUCACUUGGACAGAUGUAUGUU